AUGGAAGAAAAUACUUUCUUUUAUUUGUAUUUGUUAGCGGAUGCCCUGGAUGCUUGUACUGGAAAAUACUGUGGUAGAACUGUAUUAGAAAACGGCCAGUUAACGGCAUGUGGACCUUGCCUUUGCGGAUUCCGACCCAAUGCCUCGGGUAUUUGCCAACCUUGUGCUCUUCCCUUAAUCGUCUAUGACUGGCUCUUCUUACUAUUUAUGAGUUCCUUUUCCUUGGUGUUGCACUUUUUUUUUAUCGAUCAUUACGUUCGUACUGAUAGCAAACGGCUCGCAAUAUGGCAUGGAUCUGCGAUCUUUGAAGCGAUCGUAUCUGCAAUAAUAUCCAUUCUAACAUCUCGACCUAUAGGUAGCUUAACAUUAGAAGGUUGUGGCGUUAAAGAAUUAUCAGACUGGUACACAAUAUUUUAUAAUCCCACAAUCGAUUACAAAAUUACCAUUCAUUGUGCAGCUGAAGCUGUUUGUCCAUUGUAUAGUAUCGUACUAAAAUAUUAUUUCAUCGCUUUAAUCUUGAUGGCCGUUGCUAGAACAAUGAUUGCCUCAAAAUUCAAUAUUUUGGGCAUGAAAAAGUCUAUCUAUGCUGCACUGUAUUUUUUUCCUCUCUUAAUCGUUACACAAGCCGUUCUAGGUGGAGUACUUUAUUUUGGUUUUCCAUACAUUGUAAUAGUAACAGCAACGCUUACAACUGCUUAUACCUUAGCCGGCAAUAACGUCAGCUCUUUUCUGGAUGUUAUCAAAAGUAAGCGAUUAACCAUCAUAACUGUGGUACACUGGCUGGCUCUUGCCAUAGGCAUUGCUGCUGCAACCAAUGGACUAAAAAACCCACCUAUUGCAGCUCAAGUGCUGUUAGGAUUAAUUCCUCUACCGCUUGUAUUUUAUAUUAUUACGUAUAAGUUUACGAAUCCUCAACGAAGUGGGCUUAUUGGCACACCUGAAAGAUGGUAUUAA